AUGGGAGAUGAAGAACAAAGUGAUUGUGAUUGGGAGCAAGAAGAACAAUUGUUGUCUGAUGAAGAGAGUGGUUAUGAAGAAGAUCAGUGGACAGAUGAUUGUUCCAACACUGAUUAUGAUGAUGAUCCAGAUGGUGGAGAGCUUGAACCAGAACCACCAGACCAUUGUCAAGACAACACCAGCUCUACGGAUUGGUCUAGAGAAGAAGCUGACCAGAGAGAUAACCAUGAGGGCGAGUUAUAUCAUGAGGAAACUGGAUCCGAGAUCAGCCUAGAAGAACACAACCAGCAUGAAGAGGAGAUUCAUGAAGUAGAAACAGAGGAUUGUUUCAAUGAAGAGGCUGAGCCAGAAAAGGUUUAUCAAGAAGAUGGCUUUGAUUAUAACUCAGAACAUGAGGAGUCUUAUGUUGAAGAGAGGCCAUGGUGUGAAGUACCAUACUCUGAUCAUGAAGAAGAGGAUGAAGAGGAGUCUCGUUCCAAAGAAAUACCAUGGUGUGAGCUACCUUAUUCUGAUCAGGAGGAUGAUCACCAAGUUGAAACUGAUGCUCAAGUCAGUUUAGACUACUCUGAAGAAGGUUAUGGAGAUGAACCGGAAAGCCAUCCAGAUUCUGCUGAAGAGAGUGAAGUCUUUUAG